CACCGCAUAAAACCACCGUCACGAGACAGCUUUUCAAUCCCUAUCGUGAGCAAGAGCAGGAUUUUUAAACGGCAGAGCAGCGCGGCCUGCAAGCAUUCCCGUUCCUGGGACAGCGCCGGGGAACGGCCGCGUCCCACAGCCUGCCUGAAUCCCAGAGGCGGCCCCAGGCCACGGAGCCCCAGCAGUACUUCACCGCCACGCUUUUUAACUGCCGGAGACCUCCGAUGCAAAACGGCACAACUCCGAGCGGAGCAGAAGGCCGCGUUUUUUCAAGAAUUCGCCGCUUUGAAGCGUGACUCAUUCUUUUCAGCGCGCGAUGGCGCACGGCAGCUGUCCUAUCUGCCAUCGUCGCACCGACAGCGGCGCUUCCCCUUCCCUCCCCCAACGACGAGCGACAGCGGCCGAAGGACUCGGCCCCGCUUCCUUCCUGGGAGCCCGCCGGCUGUUGCUGUUGUCGUUUCCUCUGACAACGAAGCCCUCGCCCCCAUCUGUGCUCCAUCCACCCGCCCCGAGCGGCUCGCACCGGCUCGAGGGGGCCGAGCGCAGCGCGCCGCCCGCAGCGCAACGGGGGGUUCCCCCGCUCACCCCUUUGCGGGCGGUGCCUCCCUGCGUCCGUCGCAGCCGCGCAGAGGCGGAAGCGGCGGCGCCGAGGCCGGGCGGCGGCGGCGGCGGGAGCUGAUACAGGUGCUGAAGAUGGCAGGUAGCUCCACUCCUUGGAUUGGCAGUGCUUACCUCUUCCUUCAGUCAACGUGCAAGACUAUCAUCCUGCCAAAUCUCUAUGAAAGCUCCCAGAAGAAGCCCUGCGUGUUCAAGGCACUGAAGCUGGCAUUAGCAGACUCCACCGGCAGCGUGAAUGGUGUGGACAUGCUCAAAGUGCACUGCAGCCACCCACACCUGAUAGUCCAGCUCAAAUUCUGCAAGCAGGAGAACUGCCGCCGCUUCCUGCAGAGUUACCGAGAAGGAUUGCUCCAGAAGUCCCUCCAGAACCACCUCCAGCUCUCCUUGGCGGUGACCACGGUGCCUCUAGAAAUGGAGCUGAAGGCUGGCAAUGAGCACCUGGACAACAUGCUGAAGGAUGAGGAUCGCUGCCUGGAGUGCAUCUACAGAGAAAAGCCUGACCGCCUGCGGGAUGAGGAGAUCACAGAGCUGGAGGAACGCCUCAAGAGCCUGAUUCUUCACCACAACAUCAACAACAACAUGCCUUCCAAGGACUGCAUGUCACCGAACUCCCUGUCUCUACCUUCUCAAGGCAGCCCCCUUUCCCCACAAGUCACAUUUCUUUUUCAGGGACAGCAGUUUGACAAUAGAACGCUCACACCAGAUGACCACCAGAAAUUUGCCAAGCUUGUGUCCAAGAAGUGGAAGCAAGUGGGCCGUUCUUUGCAGAAGAACUGCCGGGCCCUGCGAGAUCCUGUCAUUGAUAACCUGGCCCACGAAUACGACCGAGAGGGACUUUAUGAACAAGCUUAUCAGAUGCUUCUCCGAUUUAUCCAGUCAGAGGGGAAGAAGGCAACGAUAGCACGACUGAUUGCUGCUCUGGAAGAAAAUGGUCUCACCAGCUUGUCUGAGGAGCUCUUGGGCCUUCAUUCCAAUGAGGAUGACUCCUAGAGCCCAAAGGGUAGUGACAUUGCUGAGGGCUUUCUUGCUUUAGCUAGUGUAUGAGACUGCUGCCAGCGUCUGGGAAUGUAAUGCCUUGAAAAUCACUGCAGGUUUAUGUGCUGAAGGGAGUGCUCUGGGCAGAGUUUCUGUGCUCCCAGAAGCCAACAUGGGGCUCUGAUGUUCCUUAUUUCUUUGUUUCCAGAAGUAGAUGUCACUUUCCUGUGAACCACUGAGAGAGGCUUUCAGCCUGACCUCCUUCAGGACUGAAAUGUCACAGAGAAGCAGCCAGGCAAGUUAACAAGCCCUAGAAAAGGUGGGAGAAGGUGAAAAGCAAGGAAGGCAUCUCAGAGAAUUUCCCUGGGAAGCAAAGCCACUGUUUCUCAGAUGUGGCCCAGGGCCAUCACCUGGAGAACUGCAAUAUAUUGUCUUAUAUUGAUAUUUAUGCCUUCAGGCUUGAAACUACGUAAAGACAAAGGAAAAGUCAAGUUUAUAUUGUUUUCUUUGUUAUUCAAAUGAGGACCAUCUGCAGCAAGUACACCUGUCCUGCUCUACCCCAGUGUCGUUCCUUCCCACAUCUCACCACGUGAAGGUUCCCCUUUACCUAAGGCAGUCAUCAUCUUCCACAGGGCACAAGAUUGCUGCUGUAGAACAGACUUCAGGCGCUGAACAAACAGUGGAUAAGCACAAAUUCAGAGAAUGACUCCCAGCUCUUUCAGGACUAUGGUGUACAAAAAUAUAUUGACUGCCUCACGUCUAGCACUUCUCACCAGCCUGGAGGAGUUUGUGAAAAGAAAAACACAGUGCUGCAAGAAAAAUAUACAGCCUUAGAGUCAGCAAGUUACCUACAGGUCACUGAUUGAACCUGCUGCUGUAUGGUGCAUUGCAGCAUCAAAUACCAGCCAGACCCCCCUGAGCAAGCCUCUCCAACCAGCUGGCUGCCAGUGCCUUUGCUCAACCUGUCCUUGGCCUGCUGAGUUCACCAGAGAGGGUUACUCGCUUGUGCAUCUUGAGUGUUAGGAUUUGCACAGAGCCUUUCCAAUAACAACAGUGUUGUUGCUGUGUGACACUUGGGCAUCAGGUCCCAUGGCUGGACCUACCUGCCUUGCUUUUGAGGGCAAAAUAUUUCUUACAAGAGAAAGUACCCAAAACUCAGGGCUGAUUCCUGCUUUCAGUUCCAGUGGGAUAAGCCUGCUGUCCCUUGGUGUGUUGAUGCAGGCUGCGACAGAGCAGAGCUUAUACCUUUGCCUAUACCAAAGCACGGAGCAACAAGUUUCUAGCUCAACACAGGUCGUGUAAAGCACAACAACCAGUUUUGACAUAUUCCUUAUUUUUUACUAAUACAGUUUUACUUAGAUGCCUCUGUUAACUCUCUUCCUCUUUGACCUUCCCAUCCAUGGGAGGGUGGUGGAAGUUAUGUCAGACAGAGAAGAAUGUUUUCCGUGUCCUGUCCUCUCCCUUCCAGAAGUACCAGUGCUCUCCCAAAAGAAAAUUAGUAUCUCUGCCAUGUUUCCUUUUGGGACCAGCACAGUGAUGCUGGUCUUUGUUAGUUUAGGCUGCAGUGGGACUGUACUUUGGAGCAUUUAGCUUUCCCUGGCUGGGAAACUCUGUUUGGCAGCAGCCCACCUGGCCAAUGGUAUUAAAAAAAAAAUCAGAAACUUGAAAGUUACUGUAAGAGCAGCAGUGUUUGCUCUUUAUUUUGCAACAAAUGGCUUUUCAGAAAACAUGAUCUAUGCACAGUCUGUUGCCUCAUUGGUAAUGAAUAUUUCUAAGUUCUCAGCCUAUCGAUAUUCACGUGCUCAGUGUUCGCACAAUGGUAAGGCAGUGGCUCAUUGGUGUAUAAAAGCUUCUAUAUCAUCUCUUAGCACUCCAAAUGAGAAAGGCUCAUUCUUCAGCAUCGACUUCAAGUACAAAAACUUUCUUACUUACAGAGCACUAAGCAUGAAUGCUUUUUUCUUUUUUUUUUAUAAUGCAAACCUUGUGCAUUUUAUUCCUCUGCUAGCAAUUGGCCUGUGUGUUUCCUCUUACUCACAGAUUCCCUCCCUAAAGUGCCAUUAAGUGCUGGAGCUCCUGGCUCCUUCUUUUCAGAAAUCAGGUACACCAGUAGUCGUAUGUUAUGUGCAAUGCACAUUUGAUUCUGGUCUCAAGCAGACUCCUUCCUGCUAAAAGAGUUGGGGUUUUUCUGUGUCAUCUGGCACAUAGAGGCAAUUUUCACAGAUGCCUUGUGAUGAAACAGACAAAUUGUAGGAUGUGAGAACCCAGUGUCAUUUGCAUCGAAUUGACAUGUGGUUAGGGCAUGACUCUGGACUUGGGCCUGUUUUAUCCAGAAGAUUUUAUAGCUGUUGUGCACCAGCAUGCCAGGACAAGGGGACUUACAGCACACAGGACAGGAAGGAGCACUCACAAACAAAAAACAUUAGCAGAGGUUUGUGGAAGAAAUUAGAAUCUUUACCUCUGAUAGCAAUGCAGUGAGUGAGACCAGAGGAAGAAUAACAUGUUGGGGAUACUUGCUGGAAAGCAGGCACUCAGUGCUGGGCGCUGGCUUUCUUCCUUUCCUGGGCAAAGCUGUUGCACACUGCCCCUACUCAGGUGCCAAGACAUGCAGGUGACCCUCCCUCAGUACUACUUAUGCUGAUCAGCUGAUGUCUAGCAUGUGAGAUGGGCUGAGAGCAGAGCUGCAGCUGGACUGGGCCGCAUCCCAUGGCAACUCUUCCCAUAUGUGUAGAUAUGCCUGAAAAAAAUACUGCUGGGGGAGAUGAUCAAACAUGCAUCAAACCGGGCCACAAUAUUAAAAGCAAAUGAAGAUAGUUAUCAGUUCUGUGUAAAAAGUGAAAUGAUAGACAAAAAAUAAAACAAAGAGCAGAAACCAGGCCAAAACAUGCGUCCAGGGAAGGAUCCAAGAGGGCUUUUGUUGUGGUGCAGACUGUUUCUGUGGUUUUAGCAGUGUUUCAGAUUUGAAGGAGGCUCCUUUCAGUCUGCCAGAAGGAAUAAAAACGCAUCCAAAGGAGGAUUUGAGCGAGUUGUUUUGGCACAGUGGAGCUACAGCUGGGCAGCAAGAGGCAGUGGAAGUCAAAGUGUGCAGACUUUAACAUGAGGUUGCUCAGAAGGUGAACAGAGGGAGCACCCAGGUGUAAAACGGCACAAAGGAACACAUCGGACUGCUGUGCAGGACAGGGCCAGCCAAAGGCCAGCAUUGUGCCUCUUGGGUGAUGGUGAAGAACACACCAUAGAUUUUAAUACACUGCUGAAAAAGCCUGCGCAUCAUCCCAGCUGAUCAAUCAAAGCAGGGCAGGGAAGGUGCUUUCUGCCAGCUUUAGUUCUCACACGCUGCAGCUGCCUAUGGACGAGCUGACACAAAAAGGACAGGGUUUUGAUGUUAGUGAUUGGAACCACUGGAAAAUCGUGAGCCAGAUCGAAAAGAAAUAACAAAAUUCACUUCCAGUUUUUCACAGCAAGUCAAAUUAAAAACAAAUGCCAGUCGACUGCUUGCAGCAACACUUUCCAGGGCUCCAUACACUUGCAGAGGCAGAUAUGUGGAUUGUUUUUAAUGCAGAAUGGGAAGCUCAUGUCUGAGCACUGUGGGUUACAGAGCUUCAGGUGAGCCCCCAGCUAAAAUGGUUUCCUGAAGUUUCACAGGAAGUCUCAGUACUGUAUCUGCUUCACAACUGGGGGAAAUUGCAGCAGAAAAUAUCAAGAUCUGGACAACAUUAAGAUCAAAAGGUGUGUAGGGUGAGGGAAACCACCUGUUUGGGGAAGUCAGAGUGCCUGGAGAGGAAGCUGCUCUGGCAGAAGUUCUUCUCCUCGUGUGAAGGAAUUGUGUUUUUUUUCCUUUUUGCCAUUCAUUGAAAAAUCUGCUUCAGCACAGAGGAGACAUCCCAGUGUGUCAGAGGGUCAGCUCUGCCUUUCCAGAGAUACCUCAGAGCAGGAACCUAACAUGGCACAUAGGGCACUGAGGGGCCCCAAACUCACUUGUUUAGUUUAACUGAAACUUCAUACGUAGCUACGAACCCGUGGCAUUGCACAUCUGAAUCCGAGGCAGUGCUGGAAUGGGGAUGGAGGAGGUUUCUUCAGUCUGACCAACACAGCAGGGCGGAUGAGUGGGGUUGGUGAGGUGCUCUGCUUCCCACAGCUGAGUCUGGCCACUUGGCUUUUGCACAGCAAUAGGUCCAACUGGUGAGGCAGUUUUUAAGGCCAGAAGUAAAAAAAUUGCACCUUUUUUUUUCUUCUCUGGAUUUCACUGGGCUUAACUUUUAAAGCCAGUGAAGGAGUUUGACUAAUUUAAAUCAGUUGGAGAUCUGUGGUCAGGUCCCUUAGUCAUCAGUGGAAAAAUCCCUUGCUGACCUUCUACUUCCAAAUUUCCACAAUAUGCAGCAUCAGAUUGGGAUCAGCAUCUGCAGCUGUGGGCUGCAAAGCCAUGCAUACUCAGGUCUGGGACAUUCAGCCUCCACGGUACUGUCCUCUAUAGGAAAAAAAAAAAAAAAAAAAAAAAAA